GUCUACCACUCUGCCUCCUUGUGCUCUCUUUGUCAAAUAUAUAAAGUCUUAAAAAAAAUCCACACCCAGAUAAUAAUAUUUUUAUGUCCUCCUUUCCAAUUUUUUUCCCCAACCAUAUAUCACAUUUCAUUUUGUGAAUAUAACCUAUUUCUAGGGUUAUUAUUUCUCCAUUGUAGGACAUUAAGAUUGUUUUCAAUUUUUCACAUUUAUAUGUGCUAUGAUGUAUAUAAUAUAUAAACCCUUUUAUAUCCUAGAAUACAAAUCUUUUUCUGCAAUUCUAAUCUCAUUUCAAGGUGAUAAUUACUAGGUUGAUAGGGUGAAGGAUAUAAAUUUUUUUAAGGAUCUUGAUACGUAUGGCUACAAUUGCUUUACAGAAAGGUAGGCAUCAGUGUGUACUUUUAUUAUAGGUAUAGUAAGGACUAUUUUAUUGCUCCCUUUCACCAUUGAGUACUACUUUUAAAAAUGAUUUUCUUCUUAUGCUAUUUUUAGAAAUCUUCACAAUAUAUGCCACAUCUUAUGAAAUUAAAUAAUUAACAAGAUACAGAUGAAAUAUCCAGUAAUGGGUUUUAUUUUUGUUUUUUAGUAUCACAAAUUAAAAACAUCCAGGAAAAUGUCAACCAAUUUGAUUUUACUUAAGCUAUGAUUCAGAGCAAAGUACAGUGAGAUGGGAGGCCUCAUAACUGGGGCUGUAAGAGAUUAAAAUACUUUUUGGAUGCAGUUUCUGCAAUAAGCUGCUAGAAUCAUUUUGGCCACAUUUGGAGUCAUGCUUCCUCAAGGAUUGUUUGGCACAUUAGGGGAAGAAAAAAUAUUCCUUAACCCUCCUAGAGUCCCUGGUUGGGCCUGAAAAUUAAACUGAUAUAACCAAAUUAAUGGGAGAAAAGCAUAGAAAUUUAUUUAAUAUAAAUUUUAUGUGAUAUGGGAGCCUUUAUAAUGAGAUGAAGACCCAAAAAAUGCUUAAACCCGAGUGCUUUUGUGCUAAAGUUGAUGAGUAUACAGUCAUAAAAAGUCGGAGAUGAUAGGACAAAGAGUGUUAGCUAAGUGUAGUAAACAAAGGGAAACAGCAAGGCCUGUUCAUUCAGAUUCCUUUCUGUGUCCUUUUGUCUUUGGAGGUAAGGCUAUUCCUUUCUUCUGGAUACAGGGAGGAAUGAGGGUUACAUAAAACACAAGAGGGUUUUAUGACCUGCUUCCGGGGAACGUCAGAAAGUCCUUGCACAUGUCCUUUCUCUUUAUCCCUCAGUUUGAAGUAUUCAGUAUGCCAAGCGGCCAUAUUUUGGGGGUAGUAUUGUCCUGCGCCCCGUCAGCAUGUACAAGCUGGAAUAGUUGGAACAUACAAGGUUAAGGGUCAUUCUAAGUCAGGUUCCAUGGCACACAUGGGUAGACCUGCCUUCCUGACUCUAAUCUUAGAUCUUUCUUUAUUCCCUGGAGAAGAUCCCAGCUUGGAUCAUGGUGCUCAUGUCCAUUUACAGUUAAUCUCUGUUCCCACCUCCAGCCCAAGGCACCUCUUUUCUCCUUUCUCUCUUCAUGUUUGUCAUUUCUGGUUAAACAGAAGUAUACAAUAUAUGAUCUUUUGUGUCUGGUUUUUUUGCUUCCCUCGAUGUUUUUAGGCUUCAUCUUUGUAUCAUGUAUUAGUAUUUCAUUCCUUUUUAUUGCCGAGUAGUAUUACAUUGUAUGUAUAUACUGCAUUUAGUUUAUCCUUCGAGCAAUUGUUGGUCAUUUGGGUUAUUUCUACUUCUUGGCCAUUAUAUAUAAUGUUAUUAUGAACAUGUCAGUCUUAGUUUGGACAUAUGCUUGGACACAUUUCUCUUGGGAAGUUAUCUAGGAGUGAAAUUUCCUGGCCAUGUGCUAAAUUUAUGCUUAACUUUUUGAGAAACUGGUAAACUGUUUUAAAAAGUGGCUGUAACAUUUUACUUCCCCACCAACAGUGUAUGAAAGUUCUCCUUUCUCCACAUUCUUGACAACAUGUUAUUAUCUGUCUUUUUGAUUAUAACCAUUUCAGUCAGUGUGGAGUGGCAUGUCAUUGUGGUUUUAAUUUGCAUUUCUUUAAUGACUAAUGAUGCUGAGUAUAUUUUCAUGUGCAUCUUAUCUGUUCGUGUAUCUUCUUUGAAAAAAAUGUCUAUUAUUCAAUUUUUUGUUCAUUUUUAAGUUCGGUUGUCUUAUUUUUGUGUUGUAAUCGUUCUUUGUAUACUGUAGAUAAAAAUCUUUUAUUAGAUAUGCAAUUUGCAAAUAUUUUCAUGGUGUUCUUUGAUUCUAGUGGGCUAUAUUAGAGUGUGCUAGGUGAUAUUGCUGAACAAAAUUCAGUGGCUUAAAACAUCAGAGCUUUAUUUUUCAUUCACAUAUAUUUUGUUAUGGGUCUAGGCAACUCUCUAAUGCAAAUGUGUUCUGCAUAUUGGCUCAGUGAUGCACAUUUCCUUCGAUGCAUUUUUCUAUGAGUACCAAGGCCAAGAAGAGAGCAUUGAAGACUCUUGUGAUGCCAGUGAAAUACCUUCACCCAAAUAUGAGACAUGUCAGUUCUCUGCAUUUACAUUGGCUGAAUGAAUGAUAUGGCCUUGCCUAAAUCAAAGGCUAAGGAAGGGCAAUCCCUCCAGGUACCUGAAUUGAGAACAUCAAGCAACAUUGGAGUGGAGCCACGCUUCCUCAUUUGCCAGCCAUUUGCCUUUCUUCUUCAUGCUCUCUCUUGACUUCAAAGCCAUGUAUGCAGAUUACUUGUGCCCCCCCAGGUGCCAGACUCUGGAGUCGGAACGUGGACAAGAUGGCCUCAGUUUUGAAAGGCAAGGAACCCGAAGCAUCUGAAAGAACAGCUGCAGCUACUGGUCAUUCGGUCAGCCUUCUUAAUGAUCAAUUACUGACCACAGUAGUGAAGACUCACUUCCAAGAUAUUAAGAAUGAAGGAGGAGUUGUUGAAAAUGUGAUAUAUCCAACAAGAAGCAGGAGAGUUGCAAAUGUGACCUUCAAAGAAAAAAAAGGUGCAGAGAAUGUCAACAGAAAACAAGAACACUGUCAGGCAGAGAAGUUUGGAACUGCUCAGUUCACAGACUCUCAUUUCAGUGAAAAGGUCUUCAUCUCUGUAAAAGCUGUCCUCGAUCUUUCUGUUUUUCGGAGUCAAGUCCCUCUAGAAAGUCUGGUAAUGGACCUGAAAAGGAAAAUCCCAAUUUUAUGCUUCAGUCCUUUGGAAUCCAAUGGAAGAAUCUCCGUCCAAGGAUCAUUUCUGGCUAUUCAGAAGCUCAAAGAAUCUUUGCUAUUAAAAGCAAGUUCUUUUUUAGAAAAAAAAAGGAAUUGUAUCAGUGAGGGGAAAAGGUGGACUAGGCAGGACCCCAGAAGGCAUCUCCAGAAAAGUAACUCCUUGGCAUUGCUCGGGUCCUCAGUACCUGAGGCCACCAGGAGAGGAGAAACGCUUGUUCUCGACACAGAUAUUUUCCUUUACCUCAAAAAGAGCAGAUUUUAUGAAAGCACAUUGAAAAACUGUCAUGUUUUCUGUGAGGAAAGAGUGGAUGGUGAAAUUACCACAAUUUGUAUAAAAAAUGCUCAAGAAUAUUCUCAACCAAACAAUGAAAAGGUUGUAAAAGCACUUUUUGAGAAAUAUUCACUAGCUCUUCACUUUGAGCUUAGAAAGGAGACACUUAUUUUGAAAGGGAAGGAAAGUAGAGAUAAAAGAAAUACUAAGUUGGCAUGUGAACAACUAAGUUCGAGGUUCCCUCAGGUUCUGAUUCAUUUUUAUGAGACACACAUUGACAUUAUAGGAUCUUCUUCUGACGUAGCCUUGUUUAAAAAAGAGGUAAUGGAAUUAAUAAGGUUUAAAAGUUAGGUGAUGAGAUCUCAACAGCAGUAAUGACAAUGGCAGUUAUUUUCCCUCAUUGAGUAGUGACGAUGCUGUGUCUUAUGCCAGCUUUACACACAUUAUCUCUUUUAUUCUCGAAACCAUCCUCAGUGCAGGCGUUGCUAUCCUCAUGUUGUAGUGGCAGAACCUAGGAUUUGGAGAGGUUAAAGCUUUUGUCUGGAGUUAUCCAGUGGGCAAGGAAUGGGGCUGGGGUUAAACUCGGCCUAUCUGACUACAAAAAUAAUAUUUAAGGCUUUAAACUUUGAAAAAAACUCAUUAAAAUUUGAAGAAAUCUCACUUUCUCCGCACCCCCAAAUUCUUAGAAAGAGAAGUAGCCUUAAUUGUAACAUAGAAGAAGUUUGGAUGAUCAUUCUGACAUUGGCAAUUUUGUAGCAUUUACAAAGUUUUUGUUGACUCCAAAUAGAAUUAGAAUGUUGGCAAAACUCGCUUGAGAAGCUACUUAGAUUGAAAGUACUUUUUUUUUUAAAAGAUUUUAUUUAUUUAUUUGACAGAGAGAGAGACAGCCAGCGAGAGAGGGAACACAAGCAGGGGGAGGGGGAGAGGGAGAAGCAGGCUCCCAUUGGAGGAGCCUGAUGUGGGGCUCGAUCCCAGAACGCCGGGAUCACGCCCUGAGCCGAAGGCAGAUGCUUAACGACUGAGCCACCCAGGCGCCCCUAGAUUGAAAGUACUUCUGAAGCAUGUAAUCAUUACUUGACUAAAUCCAAUUGGUACAAGACCACUGGACCAUAUGGGACCUUUUUAUUGCUGCAUAUUAAGUACAUACAUAAAAUGUUGUUUCUGUUAGAAUUAUGAAGAAUUACAAGUAUAGUGUCUUUUUUCUUUAUCUCCCCCCCCUUUAUUUUAUAAUUGUGUGGUUAAAGUAAUAGCAUUUGAGGGAAAAAAAUCAUGGAUAUUUCCUUAAAGAAGAAUUUGACAGAAGGAUUUAAAAAUUCAUUACUGAAGAAGGGAAAUGAGAACUUGUAAGUCAUUUGGUUGUCUAUGACUCCCCUGAAUUUAUGGGAUAGUUUUAAGUGCUUGGGGCAUAUUAUCCUAGGAUAAUAAAAUGUAUACAUCUUGCUCAUCUCAGUAAAUAAAUGUGAUCAUGAUGAUGUGAACUGUUUAUAUCAAAAGAAAAGCAUAAGACAAAUCUCUCUAUAUGCUUUCAUUUUUCUUAGCCAUCUAAAUCCCAAAUGUUUCCAUCUUUUAAAAUAUGAUAUUUCAUUGUUGUUUGAAUAAACUUUUUUUUUUUUUUGGUCACGGCAAGCUGCUGUUUAUAUCAAGUACUUAAUAAGAUGUCUUUAAAUUAAAAGGUGCUUAUUUUUAUUUUGCUUCGAGGAGUUUGUCUCAGUCUGGGUCCAAUCAGGAGGGAGAAGGCGCACGGCAAUUUGAAUAGGGAGAGUUUAAUAUAAAGAACUGUUAACUAUAAAAGGGCAUUGGAAUAAUGAGGGAUUGGCUAGUAAGAAAUAAAGAGAACUCUAAAAAAAAUAUAGGAAUGGGGCACCUGGGUGGCACAGCGGUUAAGCGUCUGCCUUUGGCUCAGGGCGUGAUCCCAGCGUUAUGGGAUCAAGCCCCACAUCAG